UACCAACAAUAACAAACUUAUUAUUUUCUUCACAAAACAAAGAAAUUUCAGGUGAAGGAACCUCGAUCCCUGAGGAACACCUCACCCCAGAGGACCAACAGUGUGGAGGUUUCCAGAUGAAGCCUGUGAAGAAGGAAGAACCUGAAGAUAAAGAUGAACUCAAAAUUUCAGGUGAAGGAACCUCGAUCCCUGAGGAACACCUCACCCCAGAGGACCAACAGUGUGGAGGUUUCCAGAUGAAGCCUGUGAAGAAGGAAGAACCUGAAGAUAAAGAUGAACUCAAACUGAACAAGGAUUUCUCCUGCUCGUGUCCACGUUCCUCUACAACCCAAAAUCAGCUCCACAAUCACAUCAAGAGCUGCAACCAUGAUAAAUAUGAGACUCUGGUGAAGAUUAAGACUGAACAUGAGGAUCUGACGCCCACCAGAAGCUCCAGUAAUCAGCAAACGUCCUCUGGUACUGACAGCAUUAACACGUCUCUCAGCCCCACACAGGAAGAAGGAAACGUCUGCUCACAGUGUGGGAAGAGCUUUAAGUACCAGUUUCUCCUCAAAAUACACCAGCGCAUUCACACUGGAGAAAAACCCUAUCAGUGCUCACUGUGUGGAAAAAGCUUCAUGUUGCCAUGUCAUCUCAAAGUCCACCAGCGCAUUCACCAUGGCGAGAAACCAUAUCACUGCUCACAGUGUGAGAACAGUUUUAAUACACAGAGUGCUCUCAAAGAACACCAGCGCAUUCACACUGAAGUGAAACCUCAUCAGUGCUUACAGUGUGGGAAGAGCUUUAAGUACCAGUUUCUCCUCAACAUACACCAGCGCAUUCACACUGGAGAGAAACCCUAUCAGUGCUCACUGUGUGGAAAAAGCUUCAUGUUGCCAUGUCAUCUCAAAGUCCACCAGCGCAUUCACCAUGGCGAGAAACCAUAUCAGUGCUCACAGUGUGAGGAGAGUUUUAAUACAUAUAGUGCUCUCAAAGAACACCAGCACAUUCACAAUGGAGAGAAACCGCAUCAGUGCUCACAGUGUGAGAAGAGUUUUAAUACACAUAGUGCUCUCAAAGAACACCAGUGUAUUCACACUGGAGAUAAACUGUAUCAGUGCUCACCGUGUGGGAAGAGUUUUAAUAAUCUGAGUCAUCUCUAUUCACACCAGUGCAUUCACACUGGAGAGAAGCCAUAUCAGUGCUCACAGUGUGGAAAGAGUUUUUAUCAUCAGAGGACUCUCAAAAUACACCAGCAUAUUCACACUGGAGAUAAACUGUAUCAGUGCUCACCUUGUGGAAAGAGCUUUAGGUUCCAGAGUGGUCUCAAAGAACACCAGCGCAUUCACACUGGAGAGAAACUGUAUCAGUGCACACAGUGUGGAAAUAGUUUUAUUACACAAAGUUAUUUCAAAGUACAUCAGCGCAUUCACAAUGGAGAGAAACCAUAUCAGUGCUCACAGUGUGAAAAGAGUUUCAAUGGACAGAGUGAUCUGAAAAGACACCAGCGCAUUCACACUGGGGAGAAACCAUAUCAGUGCUCACAGUGUGGAAAGAGUUUUAUUCAUCAGAGUACUCUCAAAAGACACCAGCGCAGUCACACUGGAGAGAAACCGUAUCAGUGCUUACAGUGUGGAAAUAGUUUUAUUACACAAAGUUAUCUCAAAGUACAUCAGCGCAUUCACAAUGGAGCGAAACGGUAUCAGUGCUCUCAGUGUAAAAAGAGUUUUAAUGGACAGAGUGAUCUGAAAAGACACCAGCGCAGUCACACUGGAGAGAAACCAUAGCAUUGCUCUUAGUGUGGGAAGAGUUUUAUUACACAAAGUAAUCUUAAAAUGUAUCUGAUUGUAAAAGUGAACUUUUAAUAUCACUAACAUAAUAACAUAACAAAAUGUAAAUACUGAUUAUAUAGAUUAAACAGCUCUAAUACUCAGAAUACAUGUGAUUUAAACAUGCAGUACAAAUGUUCUUUAGCUUUGUGUUCAGAAUAUUGGUAUAACAUCAUUCUUAACACUACAUCUUCAAUACAGUAUUAAAAUAAAAAUGAUACAUAACUGGUAGACUUACCCCAAA